ACAGCACACCUACGUCGUGAACACCUCCAAGACGCCGUGACGGGGGGAGCGAGACCAAGCCAAGACGCGCGUAUGAGCUGAGAGGGUGAGAGCAAUGAGAUGUGGACGGAAGAGGUAUGCUGCACAUGACGUCGAUGCCGAUCCCCAUCACCGUUCCUCGACACGGGACCUAAUUCGGUUGUGGACAACUCUCGAAUCUUGGACUGGACGUCUCCCGGAUUCUAGUCGAAGGCGGGUUUUGCCACUGCUCAUCGAGUCAUGGGUCGGACAAAACGAGCGCGCAAGGUCCCCCUGGUCGCCACAGAAAAGCCAGUGUCGUCUACCUCACAUCGGGUAACCCAGUCGACGAUUUCGCGAUUCCAUACUCUCCUUAAACGACGGAAACGGAUCGAGCGGCAGUUGGCGAGUUCGGCAUCUUCUGAAAGGCAUGAGACUCUGGAGAAGGAGUUGGCAGAGAUCAACGGCCAGUUGACUGAGAUGGGUGGCCUGGAGGCGUACCAACAAGCAAGCUCCCUAGGUCAGUCAUCUCAGCGGGGAGGCGACUCCUCACACGUUCUCAUCAAAUGGCUCAAAGGUCUCCGCACUCUCACCACUUGGGUUCUGCCGCUCCGCAUGUUGGAGAUUGGGGCUCUGACGCCGAACAACUACGCGUCCUGUUCAAAGUGGAUACAGAACCAUCCCAUAGACCUCCGGUCUCGACACCCGAGCAUCAUACAAGAGGAUUUCCUUCUUCGCAGCGAGCCGCAGACGGAUGAGCAACGUUUCGACGUGAUAAGCUGCAGCUUAGUGUUGAACUUUGUACCGGAUCCGAGGGAGCGAGGACGAAUGCUUCGCCUCUGUCGCGCUCAUCUGCUCCCUCGACCCUCCUCGAUGUUGUUCAUCGUCCUCCCCUUCCCGUGUGUCAACAAUUCGCGAUACACCACCACCGAAUCGUUCAAACAGCUCGUCACUUCCUUAGGCUUCAAACUGGAGCAAGAGCAUUGGCGGCCCCACGGCAAAGUGGCAUACUGGUUGUUCCGAUGGGAUGUGGCUACAAGGGAUAUCUCGCAGUUCCGGCGAAAGCGGAUACUCAACGAUGGAGCGACAAGGAACAACUUCACAAUCCUCAUAGAAUGAUUAUAACAGGAUCACGAGUAUCAAGAGAAUGAUGAGGAUAAGGAUGAGGAUGGCGAUGCACCAUGAGCUGCGAGUGUCUUCAUUCUUGCGGAGAAAGUCUGUCAUUGUCCUGGUAACUCUUGACAGUCGCGACUGUGUAGAGUCGACCCGUGUCGACAGCUCGUCCAGCAUUUCGCUAUGCUCCGUUACCUCCUGCCCGAUCAACCCCGCUUGAGAGGCCAGUGUUGAGAGCGUUCCAGAGAUGUAGCCGAG